CACUUGCAUGUGCGCAUCGAUGAAUCCAGGAAGCACAUGCUUCCCACCAAGAUCGGUCACUUUCGCACCAGCAUCGUGGUAUGAUUGAACGACUGGAUCGUCAGAACUGCCAACAAAGCUGACCUUGCCAUUUUGAAUGGCCAACGUUGUGUGAAACCGUGCUUCCGGUUGCACCGCGCCGCUGUUCAAGAAUCGACCGUUGGUAAAAAGCGUAGUAUUAUGAAUAUCAGACAUGACUGGAAUCUGUAACUUGAGAAGAUUGUGUUACACGAGUGACGAGGGGUAGCUAUCUGAUGGACGUGCAUGUGGAGCCUUAGAUCCGGUUCAUCGCCGGUACCCCACCUUCAGCUAUCCUUAUCAGGCCUGCGCCCUACGCCUUACCAUUCCACCCUCCGGUGUCGCCUUGAACUUGAGAAGCCAGCAGGUCGGCCAAAUUGAUCAUGGCAAGCGUACCAGACAGUACAACAUACGAUGAAGCCCGGAACGGCGCCGCCGCGUAUCUUCAAUCGAGACUUUCGGCAAAGGAUCAUGUCACCGAUGAGAACUUUGAGAUACCCAUCAUUGAUCUGACUCCCUCAUUUUCUGUCUCUCUUGAAAGCCGUAAAGCAGUCGCAGCCCAAAUUCGACAAACGUGUGAAACCGUUGGGUUCUUCUACAUCACAAAUCACCAGAUCCCCGAAGCAGCCUGUAAUGGAAUCUUGCGCCAAGCCGAACGCUUUGUGCAUGAGCUCCCGCAGAGUAAGAAGGAAGAGCUACAUCUGAGGAACAACAAGUUCGGCCUGGGGUGGGAGCCAAGUGAAUACACGUCGAUCGCGGGUGACAAAGAAGAGAAAGAGGUGUUCAACUUCGCGUAUGAGGCGGCGCUCGAUCCUACUGGUGGCGAUGGAAAAUACAAAAAUCUGGACGGGUCGACAGAGAAGGCCAACUUGUGGCCGAACGAGCAGGAUUUGCCUGGGUUCUACCAGGGCGUCAAAGAUUACUAUGGCGCUGUACUUAGUCUCGCCCGUCAUUUGUUCCGGCUGUUUGCGCUCUCGCUCGAUCUCCCUGAAGACUACUUUGACUCUAUGACCACACACCCUGGUGGCAUCGCACGACUCCUCUACUACCCACCUCCUAGAACGUCUCUUACAAAUAACCCUGUACCAACACAAGAGGAGCAGAUUGGGCUCGGCGCUCAUUCAGAUUACGAGUGCUUCACGUUGCUCCUCACUUCCGAGACUCCAGGUCUCGAAGUUUUGAAGCCUUCCGGUCAAUGGCAUAUUGCUUCGCGGGUUCCUGGUGCCCUAAUCGUAAACGUCGCUGACUUUCUGAUGCGCUGGACAAAUGGGCUCUAUAAGAGUACGGUGCAUCGUGUCGUGAACAGGAGCAUGGAGGCGAGGUAUUCUGUGCCUUUUUUCUUCAGUUGCAACUAUGAUACAGUAAUUGAGACGUUGCCAACAUGCCUAAAAGAGGGUGAGGAAAAUCGAUGGAAACCGGUCAGGGCCGGACAGUACAUUCUGGAAAGGUUGAAUGCUACGACGGAAUAUGGUGCAGGCUUCCAACAGAAUGGAGGGAAGUAAUAGCAGGAUCGCGAAGACGAAACCCGGCCAUGGCAUCUAUGUUAGUGAAACAGCAAUUGACAAAGAGUCCUUGCGCACCUCAUCAACAACAUUGCUCUGACAAACGCAACGAGCUUCGUCUCAUGCAACAUGGCGAAUCUGACGAGCCUCUAUCAUCUGCAAAGUUGAAAUCAUAUGGAUCUGAAGUACAGCUCUAUCUAGGAAACUUAUCGUGCUUGUGCCAGGCGCCCAAAUCAUAAAGCCUGUGUUGCGAGAAGUGUUUACGGGGUUACGAAUAACAACAUCCACGAUAUUUGCAGCGUACUACUUGACCAGACUUACUGGGAAUUGCACUCAAAUGCGUACGAAGGACAUAGUUCACAAUCCUGGGUCAGAAUGGUCCUUAC